AUGAAUAAUGACUCAAUCAUCUCUUGGGUCAACGCUCUCGAGGGGCCGUCUCCCAAUCUUCACGAGCUGAUAUCUGAUCCAACGACCUUCAGCUUGCCCGAGAAAUCGUCUCCCAACACGGCUCGAAAGCGUAAAUCAACGACAAACCACUAUCUCGCCAGUCCUCAGCUUGACUCCAUGGCCACCCAAGGCAAAAAUGGGAAUAUUCCAUAUUCCCAUUUCGGCAGCAAAGGUGAAGUUCAUGACCCUGCAACCCCUAGACUUCGAUCUGGCAGCAUUCCAACCUCUCCAGCUUCAGCCGUGGUCACUGAUACCAACGGCUUGUCCAAAUAUUUAUCACGAACAUUAUCAGUCAAACGCCAGAUGAUGCGGUUGCGUCUACAAGAGAAGGGUGUCGACUAUCACCCUCUAAAUGAGACUACCGUGCCUCAUAAUUGCUUCAAGUCUGAAAAGAUUCCUGCUGACGAGUUACCUGGUCGAGUCCCAUCUCUCGAAGAGACCCAAACCAUCUUAUCAAUGGCUACCGAGUGUGAACGCUAUAAUCACGAAGAAGCUAGCUGGAAUGCCGAAGUCCAUCUACGCCUGCUUCAUGGAAUUUUCAGAUCUCCUGCAGAUAGACAAUACGGCGAAUUCAGUGCCAUGCUGUGUAGCACGGCCCGGCCACAUGCUGACUUCAGGCCUGUGGCGCCUAUCUCGAAGCUGAUCGAUCUCUGCGUCUAUGCCUCGCUUGACCGGAGUCAUGAAGUAGAUGCUGUCACCAAGUUCAGCCGUGCUGCACCUACUUUGUCCAUCAACCAUACAGAUUUCGAACCACUACAGCUUCGCCCUCUGAUAGUCAGCAUUGUGACUGAGAAGCAAGAUGCCGACGCGGACACGACCCAGCUCCAACUUGGCAUUUGGUAUUCUGCGCAAUGGAGAUUCCUUCAAUGGGCAGUUUGUGAGAAGCUCCUUCAACAGCGUCAGGACAAAGAUUGGCAGACGCCAGUAGCGACAGACCAGGAAGACGAAAUCAGGGCCCGAUCAAUCAGGGCAUUAUCAAAGCUUCCAUUCAUCCCCGGCAUCAUUAUACAGGGCAACUACUGGAAGUUGGUGAUCUCUACAUAUGCUGAAGAAAAAACUCAACUAUAUUCCAGCUUCGUGUUUGGGAAAACCGAAAGCUUGAUGGAUAUCUACGCCAUUGUUGCUGGCGUUCGAGAAUUGACAGCUUGGGGCCGAGACACAUAUCUACCGUGGUUCAAGGAAAAUGUUCUUACGCUUGAAUAG